AUGUCAAACGCUGAUGAAGAUUUAGUCCCUGAAACCGUUGAAGGAUACGUUGUUGGUGAAAAGAAAACCAUUGACGAAUAUAAUAAAUUAGAUGCUGAAGAUGAAAGUUUAGCUAAAUGGAAAGCUUCCUUAGGUUUAGCUGCCAAUUCAUCACCAUACCCUGUCAAAGCUGGUGACAAAAGAAAGGUUGUUAUCGUUGAAAUGUCUUUGAAUUUUCCUGAUCAACCAGAUUUAAAACCUAUCACUAUCAAUUUAGAAGAUGCUCAAGGUAAUACUUUAGAUAAAGAAGUUAAAUUCAGUAUCAAAGAGAAAUCCAUCUAUCAAUUAGUUAUUAAAUUCAGAGUUCAACAUGAAAUUAUUACUGGUUUAAAAUAUUUACAUUCUAUUAAAAAAGCAGGUAUAAGAGUUGAAAAACUCGAAGAACCUUUAGGUUCUUAUGCUCCAAAUACUACUGAUAAACCUUAUUACGAAAAAGCUUUUAUUGAUGUUGAAGCUCCUUCUGGUCUUUUAGCUAGAGGUGGAUAUUCUGCCGUCACUAAAUUCGUUGAUGAUGAUAAAACCACUCAUUUGACAUUACCUUGGUCUUUCCAAAUUACUAAAUAA